UUCAUUAGUAAAGUUAUCAACAAUUUUCCAACACAAUGGAUAUAAAAUUAAAAAUUUGGUUAAAUUUUCUGCUAAUAUUGCUACACCAAAGCCUCAUCGUACAGGGGACCCUCUACGUAUUCCUUAUUGAAGAUCCAGCCAUUUUUCAGGAUUGUAAAAAUGAACCGGAUUAUUUAGGUGUCGCCGAUAUGUUUGAUUUAUCAAAUUUAAGUAUUGAACUUUUAGAUGAAACUGUUCAUAUGGAGGGUUCAUUUACCAUGGUCUGGGAUGCUGAUCCUGAUGAUCGUGUAGAAUUACAUACUGAUCUUAUGAAGUAUGAACGCGGUAGCUGGCAACCGACAGUUUUUACAAUGAUUCAAAAAGAUUUUUGUGCAACAUUAUUCGAUGAGAAUGAUAUAUGGUAUAAAACAUGGGCUCAGUUUAUCGAUUCCGAUGAUUUGAAAUGUAUUACCAAUAAGGGACAUACCUAUCAUCAUGUACCUUUUGAUUUGGAAGCUGUUGCAGAUAUUCAAGGUGAGGAUAUAUCGGGUCGUCAUAAAUUAGUUUUAAAAGUGGAUGCCUUUAAUAGACAGGAUGAAAAGCAGCCAUAUUCGGUUUGUUUGGAAAUAGAAGGUGAUAUAAUGAAGAAAUAGCAUAAAUGGUGAACAAAUUUCAAUAUUCUCAAUUUAAUGUUAUUUUAUGACAUUUAUGCAAAUAUAAUUUUGCAUUCGUUUUUUAUGUUCAAAUAACAAAUAAUAUAAAUAAAAAACCCAACAACAAACGAUAUUUAAAACGUCUGCUGCUUGUUCUCUACCAACUAUUGUGUGGUGGUACUUUCAGUUCAAACGUUUGUCUGCCUGUUGUUUAAAACUUAAUGGUACAA